AUGGAACCCAAAUGGUUGUGGUUGAGUGUGUUGUUGUUGUUGUUAGAAGGAUGCAGAUGGUAUAGCACUGAUGCGUGUUGGGAGGAUGAGAGGAUUGCUCUCUUGCAACUCAAACCUUUCUUCAACCAUUAUAAUGAUCUGAACAGCUGGGUGGAGGAGGUCAAGGGUUCAGAUUGCUGCCAAUGGGAAAGGGUCGAAUGCAACACCUCCUCCUCCUCCUCCAGGCGAGUCAUAGGACUCUCUCUUUAUCAAACAAGAUGGUCCGACGAUGAAAGAUGGUAUCUCAAUGCCUCUUUGUUUCUCCCUUUCAAAGAACUGAAGCGUCUUGAUUUAUCAGGGAAUAGAAUCGCUGGUUUUGCUGAAAAUGAAGGAAAGGAGAUAAAACUAAGGAUGACCAAUUUGGAGGUUCUUGAUUUAAGUAAUAAUCUCUUCAAGAACGACACUUUUGCAAUCCUUUCUGGCCUUCCAAGUCUAAAGUCCCUGCAUAUGGGGAACAACCAAUUGCAAGGCUCAAUAGAUAUUAAAGAUAGUGGGAGACAGCUGAACUUAACCCAUUUAGAAGAAUUUGAUUUGAGUGAUAAUCUCAUUAAGGACAGCAUAUUUGCAUCACUUAGCGGGCUUUCAAAUUUGAAGUAUUUGGAUAUAAGCUCCAAUCAGUUAAAUGGAUCAAUAGAUAUGAAAGACUUAGGUGCUUUUACCAACAUAGAGGAACUGGUUAUGAGCGAUAAUGAUUUGAAUGAAUUUGUGGCCUGUAAAGAAUUGCAUGUGUGGAGCAAUGUGGAGGAAAUAUUUCUAGACGGUUCUUAUCUCAACAACAACAUUUUGCAAAGCAUUGGAGUAUUCACUUCUCUUAAAACUUUGUCUUUAUCUGGCUGUGGACUCAUGGGUUCCUUGCCUAAUCAAGGUAAAUUAAAGACUCCAUAA